AUGCCCCAUGGGCAGUCGCCCAUGCCGCCUCCUCCUCCUCAGCGGCGACAGCAUGAUAUGCAUUACUCCCCGGCGCCACCCAAUAUGCGCUCUCCUCCAGCGUACAUGAACUACCACCCCCCUCCUGUCAACGGCCAUAUGCCGCCUUAUGCACAGCAUUACCCACCGGCAUGGUAUAACGCCUAUCCACAGAUGCAUCCGCCUCCACCUGGUGUGAACAUGCCGCCAGGCCCUCCCCACCGUCAAUACCAGCCCCCGUACCCCCAUGCCCCAUUGAUUGUCUCGUCUUAUCAACAACAUACACAGCCAGUCAUGGCCCCUAUCCAUGCACCUUUGAAUGCAUAUCCUCCUCAGCCGAGGUCAGCAGCUUCGACGCCUAUACAGUCUGCCAUGUCUCCUCCGCCUGCUGUUCAAAUGCCUCUUCAGGCUCAGGAGCGUCCACCAUCCGCUUUACAGUCUGCCAUGUCAACUCCCAGCGCGGCUGUUCCAUCUCCUCCUAUCCCAGAAGCUCCUAAAACACCUUUGCAUAUUCAAAAACCAUUCCGUGCACCAUUACCGUGGCUCUCUGUACCCGAUGAACCCUUUCCUCCUCGUGCACCCCAUAAGCGUGGCCCUGGUCGUUCUUUACAAAUGUCAGAUGCUUGGGUCGAGUUCCCCGUCAAUAUAAAUCAACAAAAAACGGCCACCGAGUCUGAAGAGGGUCAGUUGCCAGUGCAAACAGCGCCUAUAUACAUGCCUGGCCCUUCAGAGCCACAGACCCCAGUUACUUCGCAUGCCCCAUCAGAGUCCGACUCGACUCACCCUACUACACCAUCUUCAACCGCGACGCCGCAGUUAGCUUCUCGUUCUAGAGGUCAACCUCAGACUCCUUCACAGCCUGCUAAACAGACAGGACCAUUACUUCCGGUGGUGCCUAUUCUCCCACAAGGCUCUACUGCUAAAAAGACAUCGGUUCCUGGAAAGCAAACUGAUAUAGCAGUUGCUCAACCCACAGCUGAAACGGUUGCUACGAGUACACAGGAGGAAACCGAGGAGUCGACCUCUGAAAAACUAGCAACACCGCCACAAACAGCCCCAAAGUCGUGGGCUGAUCUAGUUCGUUCCAAGGGCCAGUCUCGUGCCUCCAACGUUGCACCUGACGUUUCAGUGGAAAUAGGAAACUUGCAGCUCUCUCGGAGCGAAUCCAUAGGUGAUGUUUUGCAUAACCUUGGUUCCGAUGUUGAACAGUACGGGGAGAAGAUAUCUUUUCUCGAACCGAGGGGCCUUGUUAACACAGGAAACAUGUGUUAUAUGAACUCUGUGCUUCAAAUAUUGGCUUUUUGCGUGCCUUUUUACCAAUUUCUCGACCAUGUCGGGCGUCGCGCGGCGCACAGUUUCAAGAGCAACGUUCCGCUCAUUGAUUCAACAAUAAUGUUUAUGCGGGAAUUUCGAGUGAUCGAUGCAGCUGUCUCUGAGGAUUUGCUACGCAUGCGGCUCAAACACAAGGAACUUGAAGAGUAUGGCAGUGCAUUCACACCAGAGUUCGUUUAUGAAGUGAUACGCGAACUUCCACGCUUCCGAGAUAUGACGCGUGGUCACCAACAGGAUGCCCAAGAAUUCCUGGGCUUCUUCUUGGAAGAACUCCAUGAAGAAUGCGCCCAAGCAUUGCAGAGCGGCAGCGGUGCCGGCACAGAGCAGUCCGCCACGACAGCGGCCGAAAAGGCUUCAACGGAUUCAGGAGCUGAUGGAUGGCUGGAGGUUGGCCAUAAACAAAAGGCUGCUAUCACACGGUCGUCUGGUGACAUCAAUUUCGAGUCACCAAUCACCAAGAUCUUUGGAGGAAAGAUUCGGUCGGAAUUGAAGGUCCCUGGGAAUAAGAACUCGGUGACCCUGGAACCAUACCAACCCUUACAACUUGACAUUGGAUCUCCGGAAGUCAACAAUAUUAUCGAUGCAUUGAAAGGGCUUACCAAGCCUGAAACAAUCCACGGCGAUUUCAACUCCCCGAGAGGCGCCAAAGUUUCUGCCACGAAACAAGUCUUUAUCGAAACAUUGCCGCCUGUUCUUAUUCUCCACCUGAAGCGGUUUCAAUAUGAUAGCGUCACUCGGGGCACACAAAAGAUUUGGAAAAAGGUUGGAUAUCCUCUAGAGCUAGAGGUUCCACGCGAAGUUUUCCCUCCUAACCGCCGCAAUGCCAUGGCUAUUCAUGGCGGGCUUCCCAAAUACCGACUGAUUGGUGUCAUCUACCACCACGGAAAGAACGCUAGCGGCGGACACUAUACUGUAGAUGUGCGACGUCAGGAUGGCCGCGAAUGGAUCCGCAUGGACGAUACCGUUAUUCGCCGCGUGCGCAGCGAAGAUGUCGCUGAAGCAGGGAGUGAAGAAGACCCUAAAGUUCUCGCGGCUGCGCUGGAACAACACAAACGGGACCGUAACCCGAACAUGUUCGAACAGAUCGAUCAACAAGACCGGGUGGAUGAUGAGAAGGGCUGGAGUCAAGUCAAUGCAACUGGACCGGGUGGGCAUGCAAGCAAAAAGUCCAUCAAUGCUGCUGCCCCCAAUGGCGUCUCGUCUCCCUCGACCUCGGGCAAUUCUCCUGGCUCCAGAACGCCAAUUGGGAGAUAUGGCACUCGCGACAACAAAGUUGCCUAUCUCCUAUUCUACCAGCGCAUCACUUCGCCUUGA